AUUAUCAACAUUGGUGGGCAUUUGAAAAUGUUUCCGUGGUGUCAAAACCAGCGGGGAUGGAGGAGAGCACAUUUGUGAAAGUGGAGACUUUGCCACUCCCCCCCGCCCCGGACGGCGGGACGGACGUUUCCCGCCGCAACCGGAGACGAUUCCCGAACGGAUCCAGACGCCGCUCGAGGACGCGCUCGGCGCGAGACGCGGCAGCAGCGCCGGCACCGACUCUCCUCGUGCGCCUUUAAGCGGAGCCAAAAUGCAGACGUUGGCGCUGGCCUGGGCGGCGGCGCUGCUGUGCCUGAAGGCGUCCCGCUGCGCAGAGUGUCCGGCGAGGUGCGACGCGAGGGCCUGCCCGAGCCCCGGCUGCCCCGGCGGCUACGUGCCCGACCGCUGCGACUGCUGCUUGGUGUGCGCGGCGGGCGAGGGCGAGCCGUGCGGCGGCCGGGACGAUCCCGCCUGCGGGGACGGCCUGGAGUGCCGCCGCCCGGACGGGGAGCCGCGGGGUUUCUGUCGCUGCCGGCUGAGCCGGGAGGUGUGCGGCAGCGACGGAAAGACGUACCCCGACGUGUGCCGGCUGAGGGCCGCCGGCGGAAAGGCGCGGCGGCGGGGACUCCCGGACGUCAGCCUGGUCCGGACGGGACGCUGUCGCGGCGGCGCCGAUACUGCCAGCGCCCGAUACAAGUUCAACUUCAUCGCCGACGUGGUGGAGAAGAUCGCCCCGGCUGUGGUCCACAUAGAACUGUUCCUCAGGCACCCCCUCUUCGGCCGUAACAUCCCCCUGUCGAGCGGCUCGGGCUUCGUGAUGUCCCGACACGGGCUGAUCGUGACCAACGCUCACGUGGUCUCCAGCGAGUCGCCCGUGUCGGCUCGCCAGCACCUGAAGGUCCAGAUGCACAACGGCGACGUUUACGAAGCCAGCAUCAGAGACAUCGAUAAGAAGUCGGACAUCGCCACCAUCAAAAUCCACCCUAAGAGCGAGCUCCCCGUCUUGCUUCUGGGUCACAGCGCCGACUUGAGGCCCGGCGAGUUCGUGGUGGCCAUCGGCAGCCCCUUCGCCCUCCAGAACACGGUCACCACCGGCAUCGUCAGCACGGCUCAGAGGGACGGCAAGGAGCUGGGCCUCAGGGACUCGGACAUGGACUACGUCCAGACGGACGCCGUCAUCAACUUUGGCAAUUCAGGAGGGCCUCUGGUCAACCUGGACGGCGAGGUGAUCGGCAUCAAUACCCUGAAGGUCGCCGCGGGAAUCUCCUUCGCCAUCCCUUCGGACAGGAUCACUCGCUUCCUCAACAACUCCCACGGCAAAGCGCCCGCGCCGGCUCAUCCGUCCCCGUCAGACGUCAGGCCGCCCAACAAGCGCUUCGUCGGCAUCAGGAUGCUCACAGUCACGCCGGCGCUGGUCGAGGAACUACGACAGCAGAGGCCCGACUUCCCCGACGUCCCCGGCGGCGGCAUCUACGUCCACGAGGUGGUUCCUCACUCCCCGGCGCAGAAAGGCGGCAUCAGAGACGGCGACAUCAUCGUCAAGCUGAACGGACGCCCCGUGCUGAGCGCCGCUCAACUGCAGAGGGCGCUGCAGGAGGAGACGGCCCUCCUGUUGGAGGUCAGGAGGGACGACGACCACCUGCUCUUCAACAUUCAGCCGGACGUCAUGAUGCAGUAGACGACGGCGUGGCCGUAAAAGCAGACGGGGGAAUCCCUUGCGAGGGACGUGUUGCGCAUCAGCUCCAAAUUCCGCUCCCGGCAGCCCUUCUCGAGUGUUCCGCAGCGGCUCUUUUGACCGACCCCGACCGUCAAGAGACGGACGGAUCCAACGAGAGCGGGCGUGCUUCGAUCCAGCACGAGGUCAUACCUGUCUGGAAGGGACAUUUUCCAAACGUUUAAAAUGUCCCAAAUGUUGCGGGACACGUUCUCCUCCUUUAUAAACGGUUGGGGUUCGGCCCGCCCCGGGGUUGACCCCCAACCCUCUCGGGCGCACCGGAGCCGGCCUCGUGUCGACUUUGCGAGGCGGCUGAGGGAUCUGCGAGCUGAAGUGCCGGGAUGAGGCAGCCAUUUUGCAACAAAAUUAAAAGCUGUUAUUUCAGAGACAUACACGUUUGUGGAAUGUUCCAUAUCCAUCUAGAUAUGUAACGCGUUUGACAUUCUUUUUUGCUGCACCGGCCCCGAGAAGCCACCUUGACAAAAGAGAAUACCCGUUGACGGUGCUGAUCAAAAAGUCCCUUUAUUGAUAAGCCAUUGAUUGGCAAGUGAUGCACGCA